GUUUAAUAUUGAAUUGCUUCAGAAAAGGAAAGCGGUUGCAGCAGUCAAAUUGACUCGUGGAAGUGGGUUUUUCUUCAAAUUUAAAAUUGAAACUGCCGAUAUGAAGAAUAUAUUAGAUGUUAUGUCUUUUCAAAAUCGGAAAGAAGCGAAUAAAGCACAAAAGAUAAAAUUAACUGAUUACCGUAAAAUCAAUAAGUCUGGUGUUGUGCUCAGAUUUUUGUUCGAAUGUGCCAUAAAGCUUGAGAUGAAGCCAUUAACAUCGGCAAGUGCUGCAAUUAUAUACCAUCGUUUUUAUAAAGAAGUUGAAACAGCAGAUUAUGACGAAUACUUAAUAGCUGCAUCAGCAUUAUAUUUGGCCGUUAAAAUCAAAGAUGAGCCAAUAAAAAUACGUGAUGUUAUUAAUGUAGCUCACAGUACAUUAAAUCGUGGUGCACCCCCAUUAGAACUGGGCGAUGAGUACUGGUCAAUGCGCGACGCAAUCGUUCAGGCUGAGUUAUUGAUUGCACGCACACUUAAAUUCGACUUAAACUUUGAACAUCCACAUAAGUUUUUGUUGUAUUAUAUGUCCACAUUAAAAGACUGGUUGGGUCCUAACAUUUGGAAUUCGGUACCAGCUGCAAAAACGGCUGCAUCAUUUUUACAAGACUUCCAUCACAGCCCAAAAAUACUUAAUCACAAGGUGAACCACAUUGCAGCUUGUUGUUUGUCACUGUCUUUACAAACUUAUGGAAUACAAGUUCCCUUAUCAGAUGAAUCUGAUGAUACGUCUAUGUGGUAUUUGCCAUUUGUAACAGAUUUAAGUAAGGAAAAACACUGGGAGAUAAUUGAAGAUAUUAUAGAAGUUUACAAGCAGGAAGCUGUAAUUAAUGCUUAUUAAUUAAAAUAUUUACAUUUCCAUUAUAAACUUGCAUUAAGUUGUGAUAUAAAUUUUUAUGGAAGAAACCAUAUUAAUUUCUGUUCAUAUAUUAUUUAUUUUGAACUUGUAUAAUUUUUUUAAAUUAAAGUAUGUUCUAU